AUGGUCAUGAACGACGUUCGACUCGGCAGGGUUGUCAGCAUUAGUGCGAAUGAUUCCGACAACGAUUUAUUUGUCACACAAAAUAGUUUCACGAACACUUUUGAGGUGGACGUUAAUUCAGAUUUUGAAACUCUACUAAAUUUGGAUUCAAAUGAACUUCCAAACUUUGGUAAAUGUGAGUUGAUUGAUCUCGAAGGGUUUUCCUCAGGUUCCGACACUGAUCUGUACAAAGCAAGCCAAGCAAUUGAAUCUAACCUUCUUGAUAUGCUACCUUGUAACACUCGCUCGCCAUUAACUUCAUCAGAAAUACCUCAAUCACGUGGCGCUUCUGAACAAAGCAUAGAUUCAAGUUCAGCAAGGUUUGCCAAGCAAACAUCUGAUAUUGACAUUAAGAAGUUGUGUGAUUCAGCAUACUCAUCAAAUACUGAAAACAAGAGUAUGUGGGCAGUUCGCUUGUUUCAAGGGUGGGUGAAGGAACGACGUAAGAGGGGCAGAACAGAGGACAUGGUAUUGAACCCUGACAUUGUGUCACUGGCUCAGGAGGAAAGGGAGUUAAAUAAAACAUUGAUGUAUUUUAUGAUUGAGGUCAGAAAUCAGAAGGGCGAGGAAUAUCGCGGAAAUACUCUUUGUGAAAUUGUCUCAUCCCUACAAUAUUAUAUCAGAAGAAACGGCAGUCAACUGAUUUUUUUCGAAUCUCCGAUGUUUCAAGGAUUAAGGUCCGUGCUAGAUGCGAGAAUGAAAUAUUUGGCAAGACAGGGAAUCGGGAUAGUGAAAAGGCAGGCUGAAGUGAUCAGUGUGGACCAGGAAGACAUGUUGUGGGAGAAGGGGAUGCUGGGGGAGGGUACCCCCCAACAGCUAUUAGAUACAAUGGUGUAUUUAAUUGGCCUCAAUUGUGCUCUGAGGGCUGGUGAUGAGCACCGAUAUCUUAGAACGGGCCCGAAUUCACAGUUCGAAAUAACAGUAGGUGCUGAUGGGUUGAAAGGUCUAAAAUACAUGGAAGAUGUGUCCAAAACAAACAGAGGUGGGUUGAAACAUCGACAGUGUGAACGAAAAUGCGUCAAAGUGGGCCAGAACUUGGAACGUCCAGAGAGGUGCCUUGUUCGGCUUUAUGAAAAGUACAUGUCACUCAGACCUAAAGACGGAAAAUGCAACGCAUUUUACUUGAGGCCCUUGAAAUUUGUGAGAGAAAAUACAUGGUAUCCUGACAUUCCGGAUUGGAUUACAUCCUUUAAGAGGCACUAUCGGAAGACUGUGUAA